UAAAGUAAUUUACGCAGAACGUGAGCACGUUUAGCAAAUGUAUUACUCAGAUAAAUACAACUUACUGUUCUCUUUUUGAGGUUAUUAUUGAAAGAAAUUGUGCAAUAUUUUUGCUAUAAAUCUGAACUAGAUUUAUAUUUUCAUCUUUUUUUCUGUCGGAACAAUUUCAAGUGCUGUACCAAUACUUCCUCGUUUCUGGGUGGAAAGAAACGUGAUUUAAAGAACGGCUUUAGACAACCGGACAAAAUGCAGGAUCCAAACGCAGACACGGAGUGGAAUGAUAUUCUCCGGAAAAAGGGGAUUCUUCCCCCCAAGGAAACACCGAAGGAGGACGAGGAAGAAGAACAACAGGUCAUGCAGCAGUCAGUAGUGAAAACCUAUGAAGACAUGACACUAGAAGAGCUGAAGGAGAAUGAGGAUGAGUUCAGUGAAGAAGAUGAGAUGGCGAUCGAGAUGUACAGGCAGAAAAGACUGGCAGAAUGGAAAGCCAAUCAGAUAAAAAAUGUUUUUGGGGAGGUUGUGGAGAUGUCAGGUCAGGAUUACGUGAAGGAAGUGAACAAGGCUGGCCCGGGCAUUUGGGUGGUGCUGCAUCUCUACAAACAGGGCAUCCCUCUCUGCACCCUGAUAAACCAGCACCUCACUGAACUGGCCCGCAAGUUUCCUCAAACCAAAUUCCUCAAGUCCAUCUCCACCACCUGCAUCCCCAACUACCCGGACAAGAACCUGCCCACUGUGUUUGUGUACUUCGAGGGCGAGAUGAAGGCCCAGUUCAUUGGGCCGCUGGUCUUCGGAGGCAUGAAUUUGAAAGUUGACGAGCUGGAGUGGAGGCUGUCGGAGUCCGGCGCUGUGAAGACCGAUCUGGAGGAGAACCCCAGGAAGCAGAUCCAGGACCAGCUGCUGACCUCCAUCCGCUGCUCCGCCCCCGCCAAAAACCACAGCGACGAGUCUGACAGCGACGAUUAGCCCCACUCCGCUAGACCGAUCAGGAGCACGCGUGUGCGUGUGUGAGUGUGUGUGUGUGCGAGAGCGUGCAAGUGAGUGUGUGUGUGCAUGUCAGAGAGAGAGCGAUUGUGAGUGUGCAUAUGUGAAUGAAAUAAAACGACAUGCUUUUCCCUAAUUGGAGAGGAGUUUCAAUGACAGGUCACAUAACAUAAGUCUCCUAUCCAUUGACCAGGAUUCUCUCUCACUCAAGGUUUAUUGGCCAGGAUUUUAUAUCCUACCUCCUGAAAAAAUGGGUGGAGCUGUUACUUGCUUUGCUUUUUAAACCAAUAAGUUUAAUUGUGGGCUGAUAUAUUUUGAUAUAGGUUCAUUCAGAUCAGUGACUGAGAGUUCCACCUGUUUCCCUCCAUUUUCAAUCAUCACUCCAGUCUUGCAUUUGCGAGGGCCAUUUUAAAAUCAGCUGGAUCAUUUCCCUCAUAUUUAUUUAUUUUUCCCCUUUCUUUUUUUGUCAUGGAAACAUUUUGCUUUAGUCCUGCCCUCAUGACCUCUUGCGGGGGUGAUUUGGGGGUUGUUCAGGACCUUGCUGUCUGUCUGCCCCUCUGGUAUGUGCUCGCUGGAGAAUGAAACGCAUGCUCUACAUCUCAUAAAAAAUGCAGGAAAUCAAACAUUUUUACAGGCGAAAUGUACAGUAUGUAGUGUUCACUGUACCUUUAAAAAAAAAAUUUUUUUAAACCAUUUCCCCUUUGAUUUAAGUUUCAUAAAGAGCUUUGGACAACUCUGA